AUGGAGCGCAAGGAGACCAAGUGCGAUUACUGUGGUGUAAGCUACCUGACUUUAUAUGAGAAUCAUCAGCUCCAAAGUCAAUUGGCUCAGUUAGAGGCUGAGCUCCAGGAAUGGAAGGAGACUGCCCAGAGAGAAAAGGCCCAACUGGAGGCUCGGGAGCUGAACAGGCUGGAACAGGAGAGGGAGCUUCAGGCACAAGCUGAAGUCAGGGAGAAAACCACCAGAGAGGAGCUGGAGAAAAGGUACCAGAACAUGACGAAAAUGCGAAAAGAUGAGUUUGAAGCAAUAUCUCAUAGAAUGAGGCGUAAGAUGGUAGCAGAUCUUCAAAAAAUCAUUGAAGAGAAAGAAAAACAGCUUAGAAGGGAACUUGGAGACUUGAUGGUGGAGAAACUAAGAAAGCAGAGGGAAGAACUGAAGAAGAGUGCUGAGGAGAGAGAAACUGUUCUGAGGACUGACCUUCAGAAGGCCAAGGAAAUUUCAGAGAACCUGAGAAAAAACCUUCAUGAACUCAGAAAGAGGCUGGAGACGGCAGACGACAUGAAGGACGAGGCAGAAGAGAAACUUGGAAAAGAGAAGCAAAAUGUUGAAACACUCAGAGUUGCGUGUGUGCGGCUGCAGCAGAUCCUCCGAAAAACUCUGACCGUUCUCCACUUCUGUGGCAGCGGGUGCACAGACUUACAGGGUUUCCUUCAUCGGCUGACUGGGGCUUGGCAGACUUUCAGUUCUCAGAUUUUGCAGCACUGCAAACAGGGCUUUUCAGAGCUGAGCGAGGAGCUGCGGCAUUCCACUGUGGAGCUCCAGAAAGCGAAAGAAGAGGAAAAACACCUAACUCAGCUGCUGAUGGAACAGAAGACACAGUGGGAUGAGCAGCUGUUUAAACAGGAAGAGGCUGAGAAGGAAUACGGAUGGAAACUGCACAGAUUAACAGUGGAAGUAGAGGAGAAAAAUAAGAAGUGGUUGUUAUGUCAACAAAGGUGUGAUGCCAUGGAGAAGCAGCUGUUGUCAUGGGAGCAAAGAGAGGAAGAACUAAACCAGAAGUGGCAUGCAGCUGGAGAGGAAGUGAUGCAAACUAGGGAAGUUCUGGAAAAGAUUCAGCAGGAAAAUGGGGAGCUGAUCAAAGAAAGAGAUAUUUUGCUUGAGUCUCAUGAUCGAGCCAUGAUCAGCAUGAAGUACAACCACAGCAAAGAACUUGCCUCAAUGCUGGCUUGUGCUCUGAAAGAAGAAAGACUUCAGAGUUCUUUGCACCUACAGAAGAAGUUGGAAGAGCUUCGUAGGGAGGUUGAUCUACUGCUGAAGACAGAGAAGGAAAAGAGCCAGGCUUUGCUUUCAGAGCUUCGCCUAAAGCUGGAGGAGGAGAGGCUGGUGGUGCAGCGCCUGAGACGGGAACUUCAGCAGGAGAGGAAAUGCAGAGACGAUGAGAGGAGGACAGAAGAGGCAGCGAGGGAGAGGAGAGAGGAGGAGGAACACAGACAGGGGGAACAAAAACUGAGCCAAGCUAAAUCUGAACUAACUCUGGUAGCUGAGAAGAAUGCCACUCUUAAAGAAGAGGUGGCAUUUCUCCAGGAUACGGUAUGGAAGGAGUGUGAGGAGAGGGAGGAGCUGACUGCUGCUUUGUCUCAAGCCCAGCAGGAGCUUUUCGGGCUCCAAUCCAUAAUGUCUCCCCAGAGUUCUGCCCGGUCUUUUUCAGACCCCCAGGAGACGCGGGCAACCCCGGGCAAUGAGCAUGUUUAUCCCCAGGGUAACGUCAGAGGGCCUCUUCCUCGCUCACCAGCCUCACUCCAGCCCCCCUCUGCCUGCACAGACAAAGACAGAGGCCUGCAUAUAGAAGUGGGGGGAGCAGAGGAGAGUCUGGAAUCCAGGAAGGGUGGUGGAGCUGUGGGUGGAGCGAAAAAGCAGGAGGGGAAGCUGCCUAGACUGAAAACAAGCAGAACAGAGAGGGAGGUCAGACGCAAGGUCAGAUUAAUGAUGGGGAAAACAGAAAUGCUCUAAAAACCUAACUGAAUGAAGACAUUUUGCAAGAUUAAACAUGUGACCUGAAAAACUGAAUUUUCUUUUUGUUCUCAAUCAACUCUUAGUAAAAAUAUUAUUAGUAGUAUUUUCUUGUUCAGUUAAGAGUUUCAUGUCCUUUUAAUCACCUCAUCUAAAACACACUAAACUUCCAACUUCAGUAGAAGGGACGACUCCUGUUGGCUUUAGGAGCUGCAGCAUAUUGCAGACAAUCUCAAACUAACGCGCAUCUGAUUUUGCAUUUUCUUGCAACCAAAGUCUCACACUCUACUUGGCACACAAAGAGCUUUACAAACACACCAGUACAUAAAGACACAGACAGACCCACAGCCUGUCACGCGGAGCAGGCCCGAAGGAGCACAACAGCCGCUCCUGUCCCACCCAUGGACACAAACAAAAGGCAGGCAACCACAAAAGAAACUGUCCAGCAAUCACCCCCCUGCAAACACCCUCCCACACUCACACACACAAUUACACAACUCUCCUCCCAUCAGGCUUGUGUUACUGACAUCAUUCAGUCUCUGCAAGGUCUUUCCCUCGCUCCUUUUGCUUCCGCUCCCUUUGCGUUUGGGAUGAAUUGGCACAAUAGGAGAAAUGCUUGAAUUGUGAGAGGCAUGGAACUCAUUUCCCUGCUUACUGACACACAUGGACGCAAGCUUUUGGUUUGACUUCCCCGUUUUCCUCUCUCCCAGUUUGUCUGUGAGACAAUGCACACGUGCACUUCGCUCACACAUAAAAGACCUGGAAAGAUUAUUUUCUCCUGGCAACACAUCCUGUUUGGCUAAACACACGUGCAAUUGGUUUAUCCGCUAAACCCUGCGGUUCAUGUACAGAAAAGCGAACAGUGAUUUAAUAUUUGUACCUUUUUCACACUGUGUUGAAUAAGAUCAUUUGAAUGAAGCCAAUGUAUGUUUUUUAUCCCCCCUCCCCUCCAGGGGGUAAUUUUGUGGGCAUCUAGUGUCCCUUAUAUGAAAGUAGGCUGACAGGAAAGGGGGAAAGACAUGCAGUACAUGUCGCCGGGUCCGGGAAUCGAAUCUGCGGCGGCCACGUCGAGGACUCAAGGCCUCCAAACGUGGGUCGCGCCAUCCCCUAUGCCACCGCAGCACUCCCAAGCCGAUGUAUGUUUGUCCAGAAACCUUGAACGGAAAAUCAAAACUUGAACUGAGCUUUCUUAUUAGGCAGAUAGUUUCUUUAGUUCCAUAAAUCAGUUAAUUAUUUUUUAUUUACUCUUUCAAAUGCAAGUCUUUAAUUAAUCUCAGAGUAAAAACUCUGUUUAUAUAUUGUUAGAUUAACACAACACAGACACAGAUUAAUGUUUAUAGUAGGAGAGUUGAGUGAAUGUUUAAUUUGAAGAAAUGAAAUCAGAAAGAGCAAAUAAGUAGAGAUAACAUGCUCGAACGGAGAAUGCUUAAAUUUUUAAUACCCCAUCUUUACGCCGCAGUUUGAUCACAAUCACGAUCUUCAACUGACUCACUUUUUCUCACUUUUUUUCUUGUUUUGUUAUUCAGUAUGAUUAAAUAUAACUAAUUUUCAGUUUAUAGUUCCAAAUGUUACAAGAAGUCAAAGCAUUUCUAAGAGCCAGUCAGUGGACAAGAACUCCAUUUUUUAUGAGUGGAUUACUGAUUACGAUUUGUUACAUUUUGACAUUUCUUUUCUUUAAAAUAUUCUGUCCAUGACACUAAAAAGACUAAACUUGAAAUCAGUACUUCACAAACCACUGGCCAGUACUAGAAACUGUGUCUAAAACCUACCCAAACUGCAUCAUGUAAGUCUGAUAAAAAUAAUGAGGGGUUUAAUCCCAAUUUGUGAUUCAUGCAGAAAUUAGUUCCAGAAAGUUCAUAAGAAAUUUUCUUGUGGAAAAAAAAUGUUUAGAGUAUUCCCUAGACUAUUGUUUAAUAAUCUUAGGUUACCAGCAGUUUCUCAUUUUGUAGAAUCUCCAUCUGUUAUCAGAAUCCAGCUGUUUUUCAUUUGGUAUAGAAGCAUUAGCAAAAGAUAAAAUAAUAAUGAUAAUGAAACAACCAAACAUGUUCUCUUCCAAUGAUUAUCUGUGUCAAUUCAUGAAUUAAAUCGGCGCAAAUUGCUUUUUUGUGCUUUCUCAAUAGAAUUUUUAUUAAGUGUCUUCUCCAGACAUAUGCUGCUCUUUGUGACAGCGGCUCUUACGCUGACCAUCUACCUCCUCGUCCAAUACUGACUCCUUCAAUAGUCAGUCUGCUCUGACCGCAUGCACUUUCUGUCUCUGUCGCCCUCUAAAACACAAACACCCGCCUCUCUCCCUCUCUGUCAGACUCCCUCUGCACCUCUGGCACACACAUGAAUCGCUCCCUCUGUGUCAAUAUUCUUUUAAUCUCUUCAGGCCUUCUUUUGGCAUUCAACCCCUCUGACCCUGUUUCUAAAAAGCAAUUCACGUUCAGCCUCUCCUCCUCAGCUAUCUGUGCCUUCACUUUAUUUUUGAUCCAGUCAGCGCUCUGCUUUAUACUCCCCUCUGCUCUCAGACCGGGCGUUUUUCCUUUGCUCGUGCCCUUGCUUUGUAGCUCUUGACUUGGAGUCCAUCCUGGUUUGUGUGUGUUUUAAGCAAGUGAGGAGGCAUAUGUGUGAGCGAUAAAACAGUUUUGAGCUUUUCUUUCAUCCUAAUAGAAGAUUAAAAAACAGCACAUAGCUCCAUUAAGUUGACAUACACUCCUAAACAUUUAAAUUAGUGCCCUCAUAAAAAUGCCACUGCACGCAAACAUUCAUAUGUGCAAAUAUGCAUGUCAUGCACACACAGAGUAGGUCUGUGAUCUCACCACAGUAAUUAUCAUAAUAGGGCAGGCAUGCACACGUGUCCCCGGGGGAAUCUGUGUAGUAGCCUGUAAACACACACGCUUCAGGGAGUGGCGUGUGUGUAUAGCUAAGCCCUUGUUCGUCAUUGGGUGUCCCUGAACGCCUCUCCUGCGUCGUUAUGGCCGUUUUGGAAUCCUGUCGUCCCACGAGUCCUCCCACACCCUAUAAUUAGCAUCACCGGGGCAACCAAUGAAAGAAUACUUAGCAUUCUUGUUGUCGUGGUAAAUGUAUGAGUGCUGGCCGGAGGAUGAUUCUCAGAGGUGCUGAUUAAUGGCAUGGACAAGAGAGACUUCAGUCUGUCACUUUGUGUGGCUUGUUACCAAAAUCAGUGAAGAAUAAUUUCUGUGUGUGUGUGAAUGGGGGGAUAUCUCCAGGUCCCAUACGUGCCAUAAACAAUCUCUGAAGACAAAAUACCAGGUAUUCGUGAUCACUUCUUGAAAACUGUUGAGUCCAGAGAUAAUAAAAUACUUUCGGGAUUCCACUGA